AAAAUGAUCACUCACCUGUCUACUGGAAUGGCUUUGAACAACGCAAAAACACCGCAUGACCAUCAAAAAGAGUUACGCGACAAAACUUCAGAGAUAAUUUACCUUUCAACGAAAUUAAAUCACGCCAAAGAAACAUGUGUGAAUCUGGAUAAUGAACGUCAGAAGUUUCGAGAAGUUAGCCGAAAAAUCAAAGAGAAGGAUAUUGAUCCAGUUUGGAUAUACAAUGGAACGUGCUUCCUUCAAACAAGCCAAGCAAAUAGUUUGAAUAUUUUGGAGAAAGAUACGAAAACUGUCGAAGAAGUUCGUGGACAGAUUCAAGAAGUUAUCAAGAAAGACAUGGACACAUUUCUCAAACUACACAAGAAGCGAAAUCUAGAAGAACGUGGUUUCGGUUUAAAGCCAUUGCUCAAAGACGGAAAAUUAACUGAUUAAAUUAUGAAAUAUCUGAAUACGGGUCAAUGAAUUGAUAUUAAAAUACUU